AAUGAGACAACUACUUAUUCCCUAAUUUUGUUUGCCACCUAUCUUGUGUUUUCUACGGGUUUCAGAUUAGCCUGCUCAUGGCUACUUCUUCUUAUUUUGGUUUUCUUGGGGGCCCUUUCCUAGCUGAGUUUGGAAGAUGUGUCAGUGUCAUGACCAGCUACAACAUUGGUGCCGUUUUGAUGGCUAUCACUGUUGGAGGCUUUGGAUCAAUCGACUUGGUCUCAGGAAGUCCUCACUAUUUCUUUUUAUGGGUAUUUCUAUUAAGCUUUUAAAAAAAGUUUUUUUGGUAUUCGGGCUAUCACUGGAGUGGCCGAAAGUGUCAUUUUGAUAAGCAUGCUGACCAAAAUAAUGGACGCGUUUCCUAGUCAACGUGGAUUAGUUAUUGGAACAACGGAAACAUCACUGGCUUGUGGUUUGAUAUUUGGGAGUUCAUUGUCAAUUCAAUUAGUUACCCGAUUCGCAUUCUACUUGCCUUUCCUCAUUAUUGGCUGCUUGCAUUUGGCAAUGAUUCCCAUCGCAAAUUGGGUUGCUUCCAGAUGGAAACGGCAAUAUUCCAAACUAGAUGUUGAUAUGGAAAUUGUGCCGGUUGCGACGCUUUUAAAGACUCCCCAUGUAAUGUUGCCAAUAAUUAGCAAUUUCUUUGCCAAUUUCACCUUGGGAUCCCUCUUCGCUCUCAUUGAAUAUCGCUCCCUGCAAUUGGAUCUGAGUCCAACAACGUUUACCCUGUUUUUCGUGUUUUUUGGAAUGACAACCCUUGUAUUCCGACCUCUAGGAGGCAUAAUUUGUGAUACCGAUCCGCCCACGCCAAUUUAUUGGAAUUUGUUCUUUGAUUUUGGAGGCAUCAUUGGCUUUCUGUUAAUUGGACCCAUCAGUCACCUAUGCAUCGGUGCCAAGGAUUGGCUCUUUGUUUGUUCCACACUCUUCUUUGGCCUUCUCAAUUGUUGUCUUAUUGCUACGUGUUCCAGAGCUCAGCAUGGGGUCGCAUUGGCAAGCUUACACAUGAACGAGCUUGUGUCUCAAAGAGUCCAAUCAUUAUGGGCCACUUUCUUCUACUUAGGGAUUGGAAUGGGGUCGCAUUUAUCGGGUUAUUUAUUGUCUAUCAUGUCUUUCAACAAUAUCAUGUUAUGCAAUGCCGGAAUCGCAAGUGUGGGUUUCAUCAUAGACGCAAUUUCGUUGUCCAUUCCAAUUAAUGGGAAAUGUUGAAAAACUCUUUACACAUGGAUAAAACUUUCUAUUAAUAAUCUAUUUGUGUGCUGACUGACAUGUUAUUACUUAUUUGCUAUCCUUUGAUGAGCACGGUUCUUAUGAGCUGUCCCCAUAAUAAAGUAGGCACCAUUGCUUUUUUUUGAAGACUCUUUUCCCAUUUUUAAAUCCAAACCAGAACAAGGGUUCAAAAAUAUGCAUUACGUUAUUGAUUGCAUCGAUGUUGCUGCUUUUAUGCUCGUAUAUAGGUCAGAAAAAAUAAGUUCACACUUUUGUCAGAAUAGUUUUUGACGUUCGGCCAUAGUUUGUUAUAAAUA